AUGCCAGACGUCAAGACUGACGUUUUCUACGGAGGAACCCCAAUUGCUAGAGACUUGGAGAAGUUGAAGAACAAAGACACUUGUCCUCACAUUGUCGUGGCUACUCCAGGUAGAUUGCACGCGCUUGUUGCAGAAAAGGGCAUUCGUUUGGGCAACGUUAAGUCGUUUGUUAUUGACGAGUGUGACAAGGUCUUGGAGUCCUUGGACAUGAGAAGAGAUGUCCAAGACAUCUUCAGAAACACCCCUCACCAGAAGCAGGUGAUGAUGUUUUCUGCCACCUUGUCGCAGGAAAUUCGUCCAGUCUGCAAGAAGUUCAUGCAAAGCCCAUUGGAAAUUUAUGUUGACGAUGAGGCCAAGUUGACUUUGCACGGUUUGCAACAAUACUACCUCAAGUUGUCUGAGAAGGAAAAGAACAGAAAGUUGUCAGACUUGUUGGACUCUUUGGAAUUCAACCAGGUUAUUAUUUUCGUCAAGUCUACCCAGAGAGCUAACGAGUUGAACAAGUUGUUGUGUGCCUGUAACUUCCCUUCCAUUGCUGUCCACUCGGGCAUGAAACAAGAGGAAAGAAUUGCUAGAUACAAGUCGUUCAAGGAGUUCAACAAACGUAUCUGUGUCUCGACUGAUGUGUUCGGUAGAGGUAUUGACAUUGAAAGAAUCAACUUGGCUAUCAACUACGACUUGCCAAGUGAAGCUGACCAAUACUUGCACAGAGUUGGUAGAGCUGGUAGAUUUGGUACUAAGGGAUUGGCCAUUUCCUUUGUUUCCACCAAGGAGGACGAGGAAGUGUUGGAAAAGAUCCAAUCGAGAUUCGACGUGAAGGUCACAGAGUUCCCAGAAGAAGGUAUCGACCCUUCGACCUACAUGAACACUUGA